AUGUCUGAAAAGGCUAGUAGCAGCGGCAUGCAGCCGAUAGUGAAAAUUGGUCACUAUACUUUAGGAGCUACCCUUGGGGUAGGCACAUUCGGUAAAGUCAAAAUCGGGGAACACCAGUUGACCAAGCACAAAGUGGCUGUAAAGAUUUUGAACAGACAAAAAAUCAAAUCUCUGGACGUGGUAGGCAAGAUUAGACGUGAAAUCCAAAAUCUGAAACUGUUUAGACACCCGCACAUCAUAAAAUUGUACCAGGUCAUAUCAACUCCCACAGAUAUAUUCAUGAUAAUGGAAUAUGUAUCAGGAGGAGAAUUAUUUGACUACAUAGUAAAACGAGGAAAACUUCAUGAACAUGAAGCACGUCGGUUCUUCCAACAAAUUAUAUCUGGAGUAGACUAUUGCCACCGUCACAUGAUUGUGCAUAGAGACUUGAAACCAGAAAAUCUAUUAUUAGACCAUAAUAUGCAUGUAAAGAUUGCUGACUUUGGUUUGUCUAACAUGAUGAUGGACGGAGAAUUUUUGAGGACGUCCUGUGGCUCACCCAAUUAUGCUGCGCCAGAGGUCAUAUCAGGUAAACUGUAUGCCGGUCCAGAAGUAGAUGUGUGGUCAUGCGGAGUCAUCCUUUACGCAUUACUCUGUGGUACAUUGCCAUUUGAUGAUGAACAUGUUCCCACAUUGUUCAGAAAGAUAAAAUCUGGCAUAUUCCCUAUACCAGAAUAUUUGAACAAGAGCGUAGUGAGUUUGCUGUGCAUGAUGUUACAAGUGGACCCAAUGAAGAGAGCUACAAUUGAAGAUGUAAAGAAACAUGAAUGGUUCCAAAAGGACCUGCCUGGAUAUUUAUUUCCUUCACCUGUUGAACAGGACAGCAGCGUAAUAGACACAGAAGCAAUAGCAGAAGUGUGCGAUAAGUUCGGCGUAAAAGAACACGAGGUACACAACGCGUUGCUAAGCGGUGAUCCACACGAUCAGCUGGCGAUCGCAUACCAUUUGAUCAUUGAUAAUAAACGAAUCGCUGACGAAGCCGCUAAAGCCGAAAUCAAAGACUUCUACGUUGCUAGCAACUCGCCGCCUACAGUAUGUGAGAGCUCAGUGUCACGACAGCACCCCGAGCGCAUCGCACCCCUCCGCGACAACACCUCUCCCGCAGCCGCGCCGCCGCUCGACAAGCAGCGCGGCACACCAGUCAAAAGAGCAAAAUGGCACUUAGGCAUUCGAUCACAAAGCAAGCCAAAUGACAUAAUGCUGGAAGUGUUCCGAGCGAUGAAGGCUCUCGACUAUGAAUGGAAAGUCAUCAACCCGUACCACGUAAGGGUGCGAACACUAAACAAAAUGACAGGCAAGUACGUGAAAAUGUCGCUGCAACUUUACCAAGUGGAUUAUAAAUCCUAUCUUCUAGACUUUAAGUCUUUAUCUGGGGAGAAGGAAGAUACGGAGGACGACGCGACGUCCCCACUCGCCCCCCCUCCACCGAUGGCCCCCCCAGCAGCGGCUCCACCGCAGCCGCAAGGGCAUCAUACUAUGGAGUUCUUCGAGAUGUGCGCGGCUUUGAUAAUACAACUUGCACGGUAAAAGUGAAUGAUUAAACAUACAAGGCAGUAGCGGAUUUGCCCUAAGGCCCAGUAGACCCAAGACUUGGGCGGUCAAUCGUAACGAAAAAUUCACUGACGGUAACAAAAAAUAACUCAUACCAUUGACCUACAAAAUACUUAUAUAUUCUAAAGGCUCACGCACCCUAUGGCUGGUCGCACUGCACCGCAUAAUAAUGUUCCUUAAUCACUUUCAUACAUUUUAUGUAUAAAAUAUAGAUAUUUUACAUAUCUAUAAUGUAAUGUAUAAUCACUAUAUCACUACAUAUUAUCACUACCGCGUCUGCUGUUAUAGCUAACUAAAUUUCUGACUCGAAUUCGAUAAAAGUUGGCAAUAAAUUCUUUAUGUCGUCUACCAGUAUGUGAUGAGUGCUGAGAAAGGGGUGACUGGUACUGACUACAUAGCUGGGGCCUAGGGCGGCUAAAACUGCAAAUCCGCCACUGAUACAAAGUGGAAUAGUUAUGUGUGCCCAGGCGAUUAUUCCGUAAAUAUAAGCGAUAUGAAAAACCUUUAAGCCGAUGUCGAAAGUACGUUACUUGAUAAGUAAAACGACAUUAAAGAUCCAAAAUUUUUAAGUUAAACGCU